CAAGCGAAAAGCAAAACUUUCUGAGCCCUGCGGUCUGGGAGCCGCGAGGGGCGGCGCGCGCGUGCAGGGGGCCGGGGCUGGAGAGGAAGCACGUCCUGGCCCGGAGGAAGGAGCCUCCGCUCGGCUCGGGCCCCUCGCCCGUUUCCCACCGCCUCCCGCGGCAGCCGGCGGCACGAUGCCGGGCGGCGGGGCCCGGGGCGCUCCCACCCACGGCCGCGGCGCAGACGGUGGGCAUGGCUCAGUGCCCGCAGCGGCCCCUCAGAGACGGCGGCUGACGCGGAGGCCAGGCUACAUGAGAAGCGCCGCCGGGGCCGGGAUCGGGUUCCUCUCUCCAGCAGCGGGCACUUCAUGCCAGACCUCAGCAGGGCCGUCGGGCCGGGAGUCUGGACACUGUGGCCUGGACCCCGACACCGGGUGCCAGGGCUCACUGGUGGGUGGCCCCUCUCUCAAGGGCUCACUUGCCCCUGCCGUGGCCUCUGCGGGCCCCCCGCACUCAGCCCAGCGCUCCAUGAGAGGAGCGCCAGCGCGCUUUGCGGCUCAUUCCAGAGAUGACGGCAGUCUGCCCGGGAGGCUGACCGGGCCAUGCAGGCCCGGGGACGGAGGGUGUUGGCAAGAGUGUUUACCUUCAGGCAGCUCCAGGUCCCUGGGCCCUGUCAUCCACGCAGCCUGGAGCGAGGGAUCGAGGGCCCCGAAGACCGAGAAACGUCCCCCAUCACCGGGGUUGAAUGGCCCCUCGGACACCCCAGGCCUUCCCGGCUCCCAAGACCCCUUCGCCUCCAGCUUCAGCUUCAUCCGCCUCUCGCUCGGUGCCUCGGGACAGCGCGGAGAGGCAGAAGGGUGCCUGCCACCCAGAGAGGCCGAACUGCUUCACCAGAGCCCCCAAGGGAUGGCAGCCGAGGCACCCGACUCGGGGCCCCACGAGGACCCCCGACCCCUCCGGACCUUCAGUCUUCAAGCUACCCCAGCCUCGGCGGACUCGGCUGAGGGGACAGGGAGCCCCAGCGAGCCGGAAUGCCGCCUGGUCUCCUCCCGGGACACUGGCCUCUCUUCCCAGGAUGCCAGUGGGGCGGACGCCCCGGGCGGCUGUGCCUGGGCUGCCCGUGGGUGGCACGCCUUGCUCAGGGACUGGGAGCCGGUGCUGCAGGGCUGCCUACGGAGCCACCGCCGGCAGCUGGAGGUCACUUCCUUAAGCUUAAAACUGCAGAAACUUCAAGAAAAAGCCAUCGAGGGUGGUGAUUACGAUGAAGCAGAGACACUGAGACAGAGAUUGGAAGACCUGGAACAGGAGAAAGGCCGCCUGCCCUGGGCCCUGCCUUCACAGCAACCCGCCCUUUGCAGCUUCUUGAGCUACCUGGCAGCACAGACCCGGGCGGCCUUGCAUGGAGCUACCAAAAGGUCCUGCAGCAGUGACCCAGCGGCCCUACCUGAAGGAGAGCCGAGGACCGCUGCCCAGGACAGCCUGCCUGCAUCCGUCACCAGGCGGGACUGGCUUCUUGGACAGAAAGAGCAAUUGCAGAGGGAGAUGGAAGGCCUCCAAGCGAGCAUGUAUGUGCUACAGGCGAAAGAGCAGCAGCUGAGCCGAGAGUUGGCGGAGCAGGAGUCGCUGCUCCGGUGGCACAGCCGUGACCGCGACGUGACGCCCCUGCUGGCCCGGCUGUCCCCCAGCCAGUUGCAGGAAGUCAGCCAGGCGCUGGGGGAGACCCUGGCCUCUGCUGGCCAGGCCCCUCCUUUCCCCGUGGAGCCGCUGGAAGCCCUCAGGAGCCUCCGGGAGCGGACAAAGUCACUGAGCCUGGCUGCUCGGGAGAUCACUGCUCAGGUGUGCUCUGCAGAGAGACUGUGCAGCUCUGUGAGGAGGAGGCUGGGUGACCUGGACACCAGGCUGCCUGCCCUGCUGGAAGCCAAGACGCUGGCCGUAUCAGGAAGCCACUUCUGUACAGCCAAGGAGCUCACGGAGGAGGUCCGGGCCCUGUCAGCAGAGCGGGAAGGGCUGGAGUUGCUUCUGGGCAGGCUGCUGGCACUCAGCUCCAGGAGCGUCAGAAGGCUGCGCAGUGUCCAGGAGGACUUCGUCAGGAGCCAGCAGGACCUGGUGCUCCGGGAGGCCGCCCACAAAGCAACUGUGGAGGCGAACACCGCCAGGCGGAUGGAAGCACUGGAGGGUCGGCUGCGCAGCUGCAGGUGCCCACUGCUUGGGCGAGUGUGGAGCGCAGACCUGGAGGCCUGCCAGCUGCUGAUGCAGAGCCUGAGGCUCCAGGAAGCAGACGGCGAGAUGCAGGCAGACAGCGUCGGAGAGGCCUCCCUGGCCGUUCACCCCAGACCCCACCCUGGAGAGGAGGACACCCCCUCGAAGGUGCUCCAAGAGUGGAGCGCCCGCCCGGCUCCGUCAGCUCACCACGCUGUUGGCCAGCAGAGAGAGGAAUCUCACAUCAUUACUGCUGAAGUCGGAGAAAAGUGUGAAGCCAUAGGCGUGAGGCUCCUGCACCUGGAAGACCAGCUUCAUAGGGCAAGCCACAGUCACGAUGAAGCUCUCUUUCAGUCCCUCCAGGGGCAGCUCCAGAUGGUGAAGGAAACGCUGCAGGCCAUGAUGCUGCAGCUCCAGCCAACAAAGGAGGCAGGUGGGGAGGCCGCACCUUCCCAGCGGACAGCUGGUGCUCAGGGAGCGGAGGCCUGAGCCUGGUCUUUCUCCGUUCGAAACCAAACCUGAGAUGGCUGCUGCACUUAUCUUCACAGGAACUCCGACGCCUGUGGCCCUCGAACCUCAUGUCUGUGCAGGUGCAUAGCUCCCAGGCCACUCCUCUGCUCAGCCUCAGGAGAUGCCCACCGGUGCCCCCUCAGCGCCUCUGUGUUCUCUGACAGUGGCUGCAGCUCAGAGAGCCUACAGAACAACCUGGGUUCCCUGAGGCAAUGUGGACUCAGGCAGCUCGCUGCUCCCUGACAGCGGAUUGCAGCAGGUUCCUGUGGAUUGCUCCUGGGGAUCAACUGAGAUGCCUGCUGAGGAAACUACAGGCAGGUUGUUCAAGUGGGCUCAAGAGGUGUGGAAAAACUACCUGGCCAAAGCAACUUGGUACAAUAGAGAGCAGGGAGGGAGGAAGGAAGAAGGAAGGAAGGAAGGAAGGAAG